AUGUUCGACUUUACAAACAACCCAAUCAUUACCAAUUUCCUGAGAUUGCGCUUGACAUGCCAGAAGCUCGUUGAUCAGAGCGUUCCAUAUACAGCUCGUCGGUGGACAGCAUUUACUUUCCUCCUUCUUGUGUUCGUUGGUCGAAUCUUGUUCGCCCAGGGAUGGUACAUCAUUUGCUACACAUUGGCAAUUUAUCUCCUCAACUUAUUCCUCCAGUUCUUGACUCCAAAAUUUGACCCUUCAUUAGAACAGGAACUGAAGUCAUCCACACUCGAGGAAGGAGGCGACGACAAAGUUGAUUUAGACGAGGAAUUCCGUCCAUUUAUACGGAGAUUGCCCGAGUUCAAAUUAUGGCUCCACGGGACAACAGCCACGGCCAUCCUGCUAAUAGUAUCCUUCAUUCCAAUAUUUGACAUUCCCGUCUUUUGGCCUAUUCUUCUAAUGUACUUUAUUGUGUUGUUUACGCUAACUAUGAGAAAACAAAUUCAACAUAUGAUGAAAUACAAAUAUCUACCAUUUGAUAUUGGAAAAACUAAAUAUGGCCACUAG